AUGGGAGCUCGUUCAAGUCGUAAACAAUACAAUCAAUGGGAUAUGAACAGAUUAUCACAAGCAACUGGCUUGGAUCCUGAUCAAAUUUCAGAAAUCUAUCAAGAAUUUAGAAAUGAAGCUGGCCGUGAUGGACAAUUGACUCAGAAAGAAUUUACUAAAUUAUAUAGUCGGUUUCCUGGUUCUCAAUCCCAAGAUUCACGAUACAUGCAGGCUCAAAUUCCUCGCAUUUUUCGUACAUUUGAUCGUGAUGGCACAGGCAAACUUUCAUUCGAAGAAUUUCUUAGUGCUGUUGUUAUGAUGAAGCAGGAUAUG